ACCUGUAGAUGCGUGAUAAAGUUUUGACGUUUCUAUUCUCUGUACUAGAGAAUUUGACAUUCUGAAGUUUUUUUCAGUAGUUUCAUAUUGAAUAAGAAUGAAUGUACAGUACCGUUUGAAAAUCGCCUCCUUAAUUAAUAAGAAUUGUGCUUUUUUAAAGUACAUGUUGCGAUCGUGAUAUAAAAAAAUAUUUAAACCUAACCCGAGGAAUUUGUACAUAAUACUGUAACUAUUUUAACAUUAGCAGAAAAGUGCCUUUUUUCAAAUGAAGUUGGUGAUAAAUUAGUCUAAAAUCUAGCAGUACAAGAAUGGAGCCAUCAAGAUCUGUGUCAAAUGGUAGCACAGAUGACACGGCUCCAGACGUUCUUCUCAGGCAAAACCAAGACUUGCGACGAAGAUUGGAAGAUGAGGCAGCAAGUUAUAAAAGACGUCUAGAAACCUAUCGUCAAGCACAGCAGCAUCAAGCUGCUUUAGUCAGUAGACUGCAGGCUAAGGUUCUACAAUAUAAACAACGGUGUUCAGAAUUAGAGGGUCAGAUUGCUGAAAGUGUUCCAGAACCUCCUCUUAGAGGAACCACUACCUUGUCUGGCCCUCCUCCCUCAUCUCUUGGCUCAGCAUCACUGGGUCGAGAGAUGAGGGAGGAGCACAUUCAAGAUUUAGAGACAGCUUUACGUAGGUUAGAUGAUGAGAGAAAGAAAUGUGAAAAAAUUAUGCAACAUAAUGCAACGUUGCGUGAUCAGCUAGAAGAGUGUCAGCAAACCAAUGAAGCAUUAACAUCAGACUUGCAGAAACUAACAAAUGAAUGGGAGCAGCUUCAAGAAGAGAUGAUAUUAAAAGAAGAUGAAUGGAAGGAGGAAGCUCAGGCAUUUACUGAUUACUAUACUUCAGAACAUAAUCGUUUAUUGAAUCUAUGGAAGAAUGUAGUAUCAGUUAAAAGAAUGUUCUCAGAAAUGCAGUCUUCAACAGAACGUGAUUUGUCAAAAAUUCGUUUCGAAAUGUCAAAUACUUCAAGAGAUAUGUCUAAUGCAUGUCAUAUGAUGAUCAGCAGUAUGCAACAAACCUCUAAAACUGGAGAACAACAACAACUCCAUAAAGAACAGGAAGCUGCUGAGCUGAGAGCACAAAUUUAUUCUCUAAAAGUACAGCAUGAAACAACUGUUUCAGAAGUCCGUCAGAAAGAAGACAGAAUACAACAGCUUUUAAGAGAAGUUCAAGCCUUAGAAGAGCGAUGUGGAGAGGCUGAGCAAGGAGUUGGGCAAGUUAUUAGAAUGCAGGAAGAAAUUGAACUCCUCCAGACAGCAUUGCGUGACAUUGCACAUGCUGUAAUUCAAGAUGCUGAAAGCCGAGAGACAGAUGCAGCAGCCUCUGCUCACUCUGCUUCUCAUGUUCACUUAUCACCUCAAGGAACUGUCCCUCCCAGGUCACCAAAACGUGCUUUGAGGACCCCUACAUCUCCAGCAUUUGCUGAGAGUACCAUUUCUGCUGUGCAAGCUGCUCUUCAUAAAUACCAGUUACAAAUACAUGAAUUACAGGUUAAACUUCAAGCUAGUAAAGAACAGCUAAUUUUAGUUAGAAAACAAUCGGAAAUAUUAGAAGAAACCCAACAAACACUGGAAGGAAAAGUGGCAGAAUUAACGGGCCAGCUUGAUGCAUGCAAAUCAAAUUGCUCUCAGCUAAUUCAAGAUAAAGAUGUUCUCCAGAAAUCAUUAGAUUCUGUGAGAAGUGAAAAAAAUGCUCUGGAAAAACAUAGACUUGAAAUAAAUGCAGUAAUUGAGACUCUGAACUCAGAUUAUGAAAAGCUGCAGAAAUCAAGUGCAAGGCUUCAAAAGGUAUGCGAUAAUCUGGAAGAUGAAAAACUGUUCUUGCAAGCAGAACUUGAAAGAAUGCAAAAAGAUUCUGAAAUAAGAGAGAUGAAUUUAAGAGCUGAGGAAGACAGAUGCAGUAGAUUACGAGAAGAAUUACUUACAUUGCGAGAGGACUUAAACAAGGCUUAUCUUGCUAGAGACAUGUUAGAACAGCAGAAGAUGGAAGCUGAUAGCCUCAUUAAUCAAAUGGAAAAGAGUAAAGGUGAUGUUGGUCUUGAACUGGAAAGAGUUCUUCUAGAAAAAUCUGAUAUUCAGGAAGCUUUGGCAAAGUCGGAAACAGUGUGUUCAAGUCUUGAACAAGACAAAAAGAAACUCCAAGAUGAACUUAAAAAGACAGAGGAAGAAAAGGCUGCCUUUCAGAGCCAGUGUGCAGAUCAGCAGAAUGACUUGGGCUCCCUCAGAAAAGAAUUGCUCCAGGCAGAGCAGACUCGCCUGGACUUGGAAUCUGACAAAGUCUCCCUCCAGGAAAAAGUUAAAUUUCUGGAGAUCGAGAAAGAGAAAGUAGAAUUAGAGUUGGGACAAGUGUCGCGGGAGAGGGGAGACCUAAGUAACCAGUUGUCGGUGCUGGCUCGUAAGAAGGAAGCAGUCAAUGAAGAAUUGAUGCGGAUUCGACAAAGAUUGGAACAAGCCAAUGAAACUAAUGGAAGAUUAAAUCGUGAUUUGGAAGACCUUGUGAAGGACAAGGAAGAAAAAUUAGUCCUCUUGGAAACGAACGAUAAAGAAAUUCAGAGACUUCAAGAACAGUUGGCUUCUUUAAGAAGUGAAAAGGAAGCAUUGGAAGGUGUAUUAUUUGAUACUCAGACUAAUCUUGAAUCUACUGAAACAAAACGAGCUCAAUUAGAAAAAGAACAACAAGAACUUCUGGUAAAGCAAGAAGCCCUGAAGGGGCAAAUCUGCAGGUUGACAAGAGAUUUAGAAACCUCAGAAAAGAGAGCCGAAGACAUUAAGAUGACUCUGACUCAGCAGUCUGGAACUCAAGAAGCUGAAUUUCAACACACUGUUAGUAAUCUCAAGAAACAGAAUGAAGAUAAUGUCAGAAAACUGUCAGAAGAAAAGGAACAAAUCCGGAUGUCUUUGGAAAAACGAUUACAACAGACUGUCCAACAAUUAACUGCAGAGAAAGAUCAUGAAAUACAACAGCUUUUAGAAAGAAUAGAAGCAUUACAACAACACAUUGAAAAUAUAUGUCAACAACACGAAGAAGUUCUUCUUCGAGCUGAGAAUGACAAACAACAAGCCCUUUUAUUAGCUCACCAUGAUCAACAAGCUUUGCAAGAAAAGCUUGAAGGAGUUCAUAGGGAGCUAGAGGAAGAGCAGGCAGCUCUGGAGCGUCUGCGCCGUGAUGCAGCUACUCGUGCAGAGCAAGAUCGAGGCAACAUUAACCAACUUCGGGAUGAAUUAUCUCGAAUAAAAGCAAAACUCGAAGAGACUCGAAUGAAAGCUGAAGAAGAGAGAAAUCGACUUGAUACUAGACUAGAAGAAGUUCGCAAGGAACGAGAUGGAGUACAACAAGAAUGUGAAGAGUUGAAGGUUCAGCUACAUCUCACUGAAGACAGAAUGGAUGCAACACAGAAUCAUCUGCAAGACACUCUUCGAAAACUAAAAGAAGCGGAGAAUUCCGGUGAAAGUCUCAGGAAAGAAUUGACUGAUGUCCGCCGCCAGUUGACAGAUUGCAAUUAUGAAAAGGAGAAGUACAGUAGUUCAAAUAAGGAACUGCGAGAUCACGUAAAGAGAAUUGAAGGAGAUAAGAGAGAACAAACUAGAGGUCUUGAAGAAGCAUUCCAGAAAAUUGCUAGUCUUGAAGAUACUAAAACAGGUUUAGAGGCUGAACGUAGCAGACUUCAGACACAAGUUCGUGAUUUAGAACGACAGCAGAUGCAAAGUGAACAUCAGGCACAGAAUUUACGAGAUGAAUUGCAGCGUGCUCGUAGUAGUGGUGUUCAGAAGCAAAAUGAAGAAAAAGAACUAAUGGCAAGACUAGCUACAGAAAGUGAAGAAAGAGAGCGGGCUCAACAAGAAUUACAUCAGCUCAAAAAACAGAUCAUGGAGCUUGACAACAAUUUAGAACUUGCUCGGCAAGAAAUGAGUCGCAUGCGAACCAGGGCUGAUGAGGAUGAAGAACGAUGCCGUAGUAGGGAGCAAGAGUUGCUGGUGCGCUUAGAGGACAGUAGAUGCAGAGAGCGAAAAUUAGAAGACCAGCGUCACAAUUUGGAAGUGUGUCUUGCCGAUGCGACUCAACAAAUUCAAGAACUUAAAGCUAGAUUGGGUGGAGCUGAAGGACGUGUCAGAGCUUUAGAUUCUCAAUUGAUGCAAUUGGAAGCAGCUAAAAAGGAAGUGGAGCAGAAAUUAAGCAGUGUUGGAUCAACAUUGAGGAGAAUAGCUGGCAUACAAAUGGAUGGAAGUGUAAAUUUACCGUUUAAGUUGAUGAGUCCAUCUAGACGCUGGAGUCCUGCUCGAGUUCAAGAUCAUGGUGACAGCCGAGACAUUGUGGUGGAUGUAGACCCAGAAAUAAUUAGAAAAGGUGUCCGUUCUCUAAUGCAGCAAGUAGCUCAGAUUGAGAGAGAAAGGGAUGACUUGAAAGCACAUGUUUCUGGACUCAAACGACAACUCCAAGAAGCUCAUGAUGUGCAAAAUAAAAAUGAAAAUAAAUUAAGUACAGCAUUGCAGAAUCUUCGAAUGUUACAAGAUGAGAAAGGUUCCUUGGAAACCAAAUUGGGACAAAAACAAGCAGCAUUACAAUCUCAAAUAGAGGCUCUUGCACAAAAAUCAGAAGAGGCUCAAGUUCUGCGAGAGAAAGUGACUUCACUUGAGUUGUCUGUGCACAGUGGAGCAGAAGAAAAAGGCCAGUACGAGGACAAAUUGGAGAAAAUGCGGCAAAAUAUUUCUCGAUUAGAAAAUGAGAAACGUAACCUUCAGGAAGAAAUUGGACGGAAUGAAUCUCGAGCAACAAAGCUGGAACUCCAAAGAAUGUCUUUGGAAGGUGAUCUUCAGCGAUUACAGAUGAUUUUGCAAGAGAAAGACUCGCAUAUUCAGAAGCUUCAAGACAAAUGUGAUUUACAAGGACGAAAUUUAGCAAGUCUUGAAGAGAGAUGUGCAUCUUUAAAAUCUACAAUAGAUCAGUUAAAUAUGUCACUUGAGAGAGCUGCGUCUGCUGAAACUGAAUUGAGAAGUGAAAUUCAAGCCUUGCAACGAGCUUUGAUGGAAAGUAGCUCUUCAUCACAAGCAAAUUUGGAAAAACUGAAACAGAAGCAGCUUUCAAACAGUGAGAAUGAACGACGCAUUGUGACAGAACGAUUAGAAGCAGCUCAGCAAAAUUUAGCUGAAUUACGUCGUGUCAAUCAACAUUUAGCAGAUCAAGCCCAAAGAUUACAAACUGAAUUAGCUAACAAUGAAGUCCAACGCUCUGGCCUUGAAGCACAAAUUCGUUUAGCAAGCAGCUGGCCAGGAGAAGGUACUAGUAGCGUUGGUACAUCCAAGGAUGAUGAGCUUAUGAAGCAAUUGCAAGCUUCUCAGCGAGAUCGAAGUGAAUUACGUGGGAAAGUGGAAUCAUUAUCUGACAAGGUUCGACAACUGGAAGCAGAGAAGCGAAAUCUUGAAAGAGUGGCUAAGAGUUCCAUGGGUAGAAGCAAAAGUUAUGAACGACCAGAGAAGUCAGAAACUACAUCUCUCUCUGAUUCAUUGUUAGAACAAGAAAACAGAGAACUGAGACUAAAAGUACGUCGUUUAGAAUCACAACUGGCAGAAAAAGAAGCUGAAAUUGCUCGUUUAAAGCAGAUGAUAAGUGCAGAUGUGAAACCAGAUCGAUCUGCAGAAAUUGAACGUCUUAGAGCAGCUCAACUUCAGGCUGAGAGGCUUUUAGAAGCCCGAGAACAAUCACAUCGGCAACAAGUUCUGCGAUUAGAGAAUCAGAUACAACUCUUGCGUGAACAACUGAAUCAAGAAGUUAAACGUAGGCAGCUUUAUGUACUUCGGAGCUCUCGUGCUGGGCGUGAAAUGCAACAACUUCGUCAGGCCCUGGGAGACUCAUUGCGUACAGUGUCACAAGAUCCAUCUUUGGAUGCUCUACUCUUGGAGCAUGAAACUCGCAAACUUGACACUACCCUUUCUUCUGCAAGUAGUCUGCCACCAGCACUGCCUCUUCCAUAUUCAUCAUCAGAUUUAUCUUCAUCAAAAUAAAGGGAAACAUUUGAAUGUUGGAGUGGAAAGAAAAAAUGCAAUAUCCUUGUUUAUUGUCCUUGCUAAAAUUGUAUUCUUUUUGUGAAGACAAUGUAUCAUUAUCUUUAUCAAGAACUAUAUUUUAUAUGGUCUUUUGUGACACUUUAAUAACAUACUCUAGAAAUAGCCCUGCACUUUUGAUUGUCCACUGAAACAGCUUUUGAAAAUAUUCUUGUUUAUGAUAUGUCUACCUCUUCAAUACCUCGUACUUGUCUCAACUUAGUCAUUUUCUUCGUAGCUGCAGAGAAGACACAACUUUUAGCUGAAGAAAAUUUUUAAUUUAAUCCUUGUAAGUUCCUACUAUUUACUAUGAUUUUUUUUAUGCAAAAUUUUAGGUACUUUGUUGUAAAUUGAAAAUUGCCUCAAUUUUAUUUACAUGUUGUUGAUAUUUUGUUCUUUGUUAAUGUGUUAUUGUUUUUAAAAUGUUUUCUUAUUUAAUACGUUUGUAACAUUGUAUUUGUGUGAUCAGUUAUUUAAUAAUCCUUCAGUCUUUCUCUCUUUUCCUUGGUCAUCUUCAUCAUUGUGAUUAUCAUCAGCAUUUUGUUUUUAAACAUAUUUGAAUUUGAGUGUGUGGUUGAUUGAUCUCGUAAGACUAAGUUUGACAACCUAAUGAAUUUCAUUUCUUUGUCUUCCUUUUUUCUGGUAUGUAUUAAUUUCUGUAUUAAACAAUCAUAUUUAAUAAUAGUGUAAAUUAUGUCUUGACUUGGAUGAAAAUGAAAAAAAUUGUAAAAGAUGGUUAGGUAUGAUUGACUACCAUUUGGAGGAUUACACUUCAUCCAGGACUUUGUUUUGCCAAUACUGAUUUGUUAGUGAUUGCAACACAGAGGAAAUUGUUCAUGUGUACUUCACAAGAUAAGUGUGCGUAGAUUAGAUUGAAAUAAUGAUGGUUUUUUGUGGGUAGAAAAUGUGAUUCAAAGGUCAACUGUUCAUUGGUUCUGAGAGUGGUAGACUCGGAAACAUCAAAAAUUCCAAGGCCAAACUAGGUGAACCACAAUGUUAAUAUGAUGUGUGGUAGGUGUAGAAUAACUGAAAAGUAAAUAUACAUAUAUAUAUAUUACAAACAUAAUAUGUGAAAUGAUACUGCCACAAGAUUUAUAUAAUAAAUUUGUAAUUACUUUGUAAUAUUUUCUAGACAGUUUGUAGUGAUUCAAAGCAACUUUAUUCAUGGUUUAACAAAGCAUAUUUUUGUACAUAUUUUCCCAACUUUGGGUUAUAUUGAUCUCCAGUAAUAUUUAAUGAGUGUAGUAUAAAUGCAGAUGUGUCCGAUGAAAAUUGUUUUGUAAUUGCAUUUAUGAUAUUUAUUUUUGGCACAACUUGCAAGCAAUAUAUCAAUAUUACUGUGCAUUUCUCAACUUUUAUAAACCUUUUACCUACUUUUAUUACUGUUUAAACUGAAUAUUUACACUGUAAUAUGAUCUGUCAUUUCUAUACCUUUAUAAAGGUAUAGAAAGCUAUGGUUUAUCCAGCUAGUUGCUUCAUCUAAUAUGUGGAUAGUUGUAAUUUAUAUUGGACAUAGAUCAUAAUCUUGCUUACUAUAGGAUCUCUCGCAUUAAAUAGAAUUCAGAACAUAUGCUGGAAAAUGUUGAAAAUGAUGAUAAUACACAGCCAUUUCGUUUUAAUCAUGAAACUGAUGUUUCGCUAAAGAAACUAGAGGUUUUAAUUACACGAAAAAUU